GUCUCUGAUGCUCGUUGGGGUGCCAAGCGUAUCAACAUCAACCUCCCAGCCCCUGAGAACCGCACCGUGCAAGUGGGCAUCGUGCGAGACCUGAUGGAUCCCCAUGCAUCAAUUUACUUCGUCCUCGGCCAGCUGCUGGACGCAGUGCCCCGUCUGCGCUCGUUGCUGGCAUCUGCAGACCUGGAGAAGCCAGCCACCAAGUCUGAGCGCGACCGGCAUAUCCUGAUUCGCGAGAUGAAGGUGACUGGUGCCCUGGCGAAUGAUGCGCCGUCAACCACCAAGAUCGUGUCCUUCGUGUCGGUAGCGACAGCCCUGCACAACUGCCCGGGCAUGUUCGACAUCGCCAACACCCUCUUCGACCUGGGCAUCAGCUCUCACUCCAUUACCGAGAGUAUGAUUGGCUCUCCCUGGUUCGAGGAGCCGCCCACUGACCCAGACCGCUCUGUCUCUGAUGCUCGUUGGGGUGCCAAGCGUAUCAACAUCAACCUCCCAGCCCCUGAGAACCGCACCGUGCAAGUGGGCAUCGUGCGAGACCUGAUGGAUCCCCAUGCAUCAAUUUACUUCGUCCUUGGCCAGCUGCUGGACGCAGUGCCCCGUCUGCGCUCGUUGCUGGCAUCUGCAGACCUGGAGAAGCCAGCCACCAAGUCUGAGCGCGACCGGCAUAUCCUGAUUCGCGAGAUGAAGGUGACUGGUGCCCUGGCGAAUGAUGCGCCGUCAACCACCAAGAUCGUGUCCUUCGUGUCGGUAGCGACAGCCCUGCACAACUGCCCGGGCAUGUUCGACAUCGCCAACACCCUCUUCGACCUGGGCAUCAGCUCUCACUCCAUUACCGAGAGUAUGAUUGGCUCUCCCUGGUUCGAGGAGCCGCCCACUGACCCAGACCGCUCUGCCCGGGGGCAGGUGGCGGCGUCCCGGCGAUGGGACACGGCCGCUGCGGCUGGCGGUGCCAGUGGCAGCGAGGCCCUGCCUUCGGGUCGCUCCUUGGGCCUGGGGCUUGGCGGCCGGGGUGGUUCCAGGCUGCGUGGCAUGCAGCUCGCGGGUAGCAGCAAUGCUGGUGGCAACAGAAGCAGUGCUGGCGCCGGCGGGGGUGGCAGUAGCUGGUCAGGCGAACCGGGCGGUGGCGGCGCCGCGGCUGGCCCUUGGGGCCUGGGCCGUGGCCUGCUGGGUAGCAGCAGUCACGGCUCCCUGCCGCGUGCUGCAGCUGCAAGCCCCCUGGCUGGCGGAAGCAAGCUGCAGAGCGGCAGGCCUUGGGCGUUGGUGGCUGCUGAUGGUGGCCGCAGCAGUGCUGGCGGGCGUGUCACUCCUGACACCACCCCUGGUGGCAGGGGUGGCGCCGUGUCCGGCAGUGGGACGCUGGCGCUCCGCUCACGUCCACCGCCUCGCACCACUGCAGCUGCACGGGCUGCUGCGAGUGAAGGAGCGAUGAUGAUCUACCCUGAGCCUUUCCACUUUCCCCUGGAGCUCAACCUCCGCAUCCCUCGCUCCAAGUCACCUGGGCUACUGAGCACCAGCCUCAGCGCCAGCAGCGCCAGCCGUGUGCAACUGGAGUUCAAGGAGUACCGCAGCUGGAACACCAACCACAACGCUGUCGGCAGGAAUGCUGCCUACCGUGCGGUCAAGGAGUCCACGCACCUUGGGCUGCAGAAGACUGCAUCUGCCUUCCUUGGGCACGCCCUCCACAACUGCCGUGUGCCGCCAACCCUGCUCACCUUCAAGCUGGCGACCAACCCGAGCAUCGUGCACAGCUAUGUGUCACACGAGGUCGCGCACAAGAGCCCCACGAGCGCGCUGCAGCAGAUCUCCAACCUCAAGCGCAUCGUGGGCUACCUCAAGGACACAUGCCCGUACGCACGGGUGGACAGCAACAAGAUGGCCAAGCUGGACCACAUGGAGGAGUGGCUUUCGAGCGCCUACACCACCUCCAAGCGCACCCAGCCCCUCGCCCGCGCUGCAGCCCCCGGCGCCAUCGACCCAGAUGACCCCAGCUACCCGGCGGCGCCCACGGCUGAGGCCAUCUCCCAGUUCACCGAGCAGCUGCUGGACCAGCUGUGCAACGAGAUUGAGGCGGACGGUGGUGAGCUGUCGGACAGCAGCUGCAGGCUGUGCCUGGCCGCGGUGGUGUGGCUGCUGCUGAGCGGUGACAUCAUCCCCACGAUGCGGCCGGUUGCCGUGCGGCUGCUGUCGAUUCCUGGGUGCGCAAGCUGCCUGGAGCCCGGCUGCGCACGUCGCCAGUGCCCGGGCAACGUCACCAAGGUGCUGAGCGACGGCAUUGUCAAGCUGGAGUGCGUUCACUUCAAGGUGGAGGGCCGCCGCAUCGAGCCCCUCCGUGUGCUGCUGCCCGAGGACAUGAGCGAGCUGACGACCUUCUACCUGGAGCGCGUGCGGCCCAACUUCGUGCUGCUGGAGAAGGAGGACCCCGGCCACCUGCUGCUGACGCCCAAGGGCAAGGGCUUCGGCGAGACCCCGCUCUCUGCCUUCUUCAAGGACAUCCAGUCCAAGUACGGCGCCCCCUGGCCCAAGCCGCUGCCCUACAUGAGCUUCCGCCACGGCUACGCCACCAACUCCUACAAGGCCAUCAUCGAGCGCCUGCGUGUGGCCAUCCCCGACCAGGUGGCCCCCCGCGCCGCCAUCAUGGGCCACACCGCCAAGACGCACGUCAACCAGUACGUGCGCGACCUGGGCGGCCUCCACCGCGCCGCGGCCAUUCAAGACGCAGCAGCCACGCGGCACAAGGCGCUGGGUUUGGCUGCGGCUGCUGGUGGUGGUGGUGGUGGCGCUGCCGGUGAGGGAGGCUGGGAGGAGGAGGAGGGCAAGGAGGAGGAGGAGGAGGAGGAGGGCGAGGAGGAGGGCGAGGAGGAGGGCGAGGAGGAGGAGGGCGAGGGCGAGGAGGGGGCCUGGGCAGCCGCGGGUGACGCGGGAGAUGGGGAGUGGGGUGGGGAGGAAGAAGAGGAAGAGGAGGAGGAGGAGAAGGAGGAAGGCGGGGAGGAGGAGGAGGAGCCCGACUGGGAUGAGGAAGGGGAAGGGGAGGAGGAGGAGGAGGAGAUUGGCGGCUGGGUGGAGGAGGGUGACGAGGAGGAGGAUGGGGAGGGCGGGGUGGAGGCAGGGGAGGGCGGGGCAGAAGAUGAGUGGGAGGGCGAUGGCGUUGAGGAGGAGGAGGUAGGGGGUGCGGGGAUGGGGGGUGACGAGGGAGCGGAGCGCGGCGCGGGGCAGCACGCGAUGUUGGGCAUGCACGGGCAAGGUGGCGGCUACUACAACCCCCUCACAGGCGGGUCGGGUCUGGCCGCUGACGAGGGGGUAGCGGGCAUGCUGCUGAUGGGUCGCGAGCAGGAGGUGGGCGGCGCAGCUGCAGGUGGGGGGGAGGCAGCGGCGAGUGUGGGCGCCGCCGGGGGCGGUGGUGGCGUCGCUGGGGCUGCUGCUGCUGCUGUUGCUGCUGCUUCUGCUGCUGCUGCUAAUGGUGGUGCUGCGGGCGUUGGAGCUGGUGGUGGUAGCGCUGGAGCUGGUGGCUCUGGCUGGCGUGUGAUGGGCACAGAGAUGGUGCCGGUGGGUGUGGGAGCGGCAGGGGUAAAACGCCCCUCGGAUGUGUGGGGUGGUGGUGGCGCUUAUGGUGGUGGUGGUGGUGGUGGCGCUUAUGGUGGCGGUGGUGGCGCUUAUGGUGGCGGUGGUGGCACUGGUGGUGGUGGCGCUGGUGGUGGUGGUGGUGGUGGUGGUGGUGGGAAGACGAGGAAGAAGAGCAAGGUGGCGAAGCAGCCGUUCCAGCCGUUCUGAGCUUGUCUGUUACAUGUUGAUUGCAAGCAGCGGCGGCAUUAGGCCAUAGUCUGCCAGGAAUUAAAUGAUUAAUUGGCAUUGGCAGCAGGUGGGAGUAGGUCAUGCUGGUCCACUGCUGUGAGACGCACGGCAACACCCGCCAGUGGGCGGGCGUCUCCCACACCAAAGUACGCACAGUUAAGCUCACACCAGUACACAGCCGAGGCAUUCUUGUAAAUUACUCUGUCCUUACCCAUACCUUCACUGCGGCCAUUGGUUGAGUAGGUUCCUAGGGUAAUGUGGGUGUUGUUGAUGCAGUUCUUCUCCUCACACGUAUGCUGCACACACACACGACUCUCCUGCUUCCGCGACCCCUCCUCACGCAGCGGGUGGAAUUGUCCAGUUGUCCGCUCCAGCGUGGGCUCACCAUGAACAACAAAAGCUAUCAGCCUGUGCACCGACCACGUAACCCUGGACCACUCUCUCUCACUCCCAGCGGGGUUGGCCGUAUGCCCCACCAGCACGGCUGGGUAACCCCCACCGCCCUGGAACACACAAGUACCACCACGCCCCACACGAUGGACUGGAUUCAAGUAAGGCACCACGUGAAUCAUGUCCGCUCCCACGCCCAGCUCAACGGUCGCGCUGCUAAACUCUGCAAUGUACUGGCCACCCUGAGCAGCGGGCUUCCUCUCAGUACACACCGUGGGGAUGCGCCCCUGUGGCCACACCUCCAGCCCGUAGCGGGUCCGCUCUGACACCAACGGCACGCACAGCGUGUGAAAUGGCUUAUCAUACACAAUCCCAUGGUUUCGCAUAAAGCCAUGCAUGGCCUGCACAUGCUCGCGGAUGGGUUGCGGGCCCUGGUUGGGUCCCACAUGUGCUGGCAGGUACCGCUCCUUCCCUGCCCACUUGGGUGCCGUGGGGUCCACCGGCAGCUGAUCAGGUGGGCCGUCAACACCACCUACUGGAAACACAGCCAGCACAUACAGUGUAAUCAGGGCAUUUGCCGCCACGGAAACAGGCACUCUGAGUUCUACGCUCCAUGAUCUCACCAAGUCAGUGAAUGCUUGGAGGUCAUGAGCAGGCACCACACGAAAUUUGGGGUAAACAUGCGUGCCAAUGUUGGCCAGUGCAAGAAAGAAUGAACGUGCCGCUGCAUAGCCAUAAUCCUUACGCACGUCGGCAGGAAUGCGACUGUCAGCACACCUCUUGCCAAAGUUCUGCGCCACCUGCUUCAGGUCCACAGAGAACAGGCCACCCACACCAAGUGCCUGCUCCUCCCUGGCCUCGCUAUCCCUAUGCAGUCCACACACAGUCCUCAGCGCCUGGGGAUAGAAUAACUGCAUCACAUCAACAAAUGCAAACCCCUGUACCUCAGCCUGCAGGGUAUCUAUCUUCGCAAUCUGCUUAGGCAACCGAGGAUCCUGUGCCUCCCUAAAGGCCUUGUGCAGGCGACGCAGCCCCAGGAGCUUUGCAGGGCCCACACGCGCCAGCUUCUCAAGCUGUGCUGCCGUGAAUGGAACCUCAGGGUCCUCUGCGUCUGCCCAGAGGUCCGCUUCCGGAUUGUUGGUCGCCAUUGACUACUAGGAGGGCUGGGGUGGGGGGGGGGGAGAGGUUGGGCUGGGGUUGGGGCGUGCUGCCGCACCGUGCCCACCCAG